CCCAAGAAAGACUGCUCUAUCCCCUUGGGGAAUUCUGAAUAGAGUGGAAUUCAUCCAUUCAUUUCAGGCAAAGGGCCCCAGGCAACAUUAUGUUGCUUUGGUUUAUCCCAGAAUCUUUGGUUAUUGCCUCCUCCUUAUGGUAGCUUCCAAGCAACCCCUCCUCCUUGUGCUCUGCUGACAGUGGCUCAGCAUCGCUUGAAACAAAGACAUGAAAAUGACAAGAUACAUCAGUAAUCUUGGCCACUGUAUCCUGGUUUAAUUGUGCUCUAGUUUUCCUGACUGUGGAAAGAGAGAGGCAAAUGAUCCCCCAGGAGGCAAUGAAUGGAACUCAACAAUGCAGGAAUGCAAGCCUGUGUGUGUGUGUGUGUGUGUGUGUGUGUGUGUGUGUGUGUGUGUGUGUGUGUGUGUGUGCGUGUGUGUGUGUGUGUGUGUGUGUGUGUGUGUGUGUGUGUGUGUGUGUGUGUGUGUGUGUGUGUGUGUGUGUGUGUGUGUGCGUGUGUGUGUGUGUGCACCAGACAGUGUGUAUUUUUGUUGGUGUGCAUAUGUCUGUGUUUGAGUGAACAACAGGAGCGAGAUUUGGAAGCCGAUUUCCAGUUCCUAUAGCAACCAUGAUGUAAGCGGAGAGGGGCAACUGCGCCCCAUUUCUCUCUAUCUCUCCCCCUCACUCUCCCUUUCUCUCCCUCUCCCCCUCGAAAAAACAGACAGCCCUGCACAUAGGAAGCCUGGGUGUAGAAGAUAGGGAAGUCAUCCUCAUUUUUGCUGGAAUAUAAGGCAUUUUUUCUUGAAUUUAUUUUCUUUUUAUGUUAGAGAAGAUUCGAACGCUGUUCAGUAACAUGUACGUUUCAAUCUUGGGAGAGAAAGGUCUGCUUGACAUGUCUGCCAAGAAAAUUAUUCAGUGCCAGAGGCAGUGUCAAUUGGUGUAUGGCUAUUCUCAGAUGAAGUCCCUGUAGAGAGCGCCUUUGUGAACUUUAUUGCUUUUGGAUUUUUUGAAAAGGAUAAAACUGGUAAGUCCCAGUCACCUCUAAUGAGGUCUGCCCUUUCACUGUGCUUAGUGACCCCAGAAGCAGCGGCAUGGAGAACCGGCGCUGCCAGCUCCCUCAACAGCCCAAUGCCCAGGCCCAAGAGGCCUCGACUGGGCCCCAGUCCUCCAUGGCUCAGUCCCCUUUACUGUCAGGAGCCUCCUCCCUCAUCUCACUUACCCAGACAGAGGAGUUCUUUGACCUGAUAGCCAGUUCCCAGAGCCGCAGACUGGAUGACCAGAGAGCCAGUAUAGGGGACCGACUGGGCAUCAGGAUAGCACAGAACAAUGUGGAACACUUGUGUGAGGCAUGUAGUUCACACGAACCUAGUGACGAGUUUUUCAACAUGGUCAUAAAGUAUCAGUCCUCCAGAAUCAAUGAUCAGAGGUGCUCUUUGCCCCCAGCGCCAGACCCAGAUGAAGACUUCUUCAGCCUAAUUCAGAGAGUGCAAUCCAAACGAAUGGAUGAACAACGGGUUUCUUUUCACUCUGAUGAAAAGGAUGAAACAGACUUAAAUCAUAAGUCCAAAACCUCUGAGGGCUCAAGCUAGAGACUGUGGCAUUUCUGAUGUGACUUCCACAAAAUUCUUCUGCAAACUCUGACUCUCUGGCUGCACAUUUUGUGAGAUCUUCCACAGAUGGGGUUAGUUGGGAGUAAUAUAGAUUUAUUUUAAUUAGUAGGAUGUUGAAUGUUUUCAUAUUUUUGCAGUCAAUUUACCCUAAGGUCACGGUGAGUCCAAAUGUGGCCUCGGGAUGUGAUUCAAAGGGAAUGGAAACACUCACCUGUUUGUAUGUUCCAAUAAUUGUUCUUUCACAAAAAUGUUUGUGCAGAUUUCAAGUAAAACAACACCAUGGCAAAUUAUUAACACACUGAUGCUUUCCAAGGAUAAUAUUACUAACUGUCACACAACACAAUAUAAAUCGGUGUGACAAACAAAGGCAGCGCAUAAUCCUCAAGCAGGUGUGUAUUCAUUUAACUCAAGUGGAAAGUGAGUUUCAGCAUACACUGAAUAUGAAUGUACUGAUUCCCAACAGAUGGGAGCAGUUAUAUUAAAGUUAUAUGGCUCAUGUAUCAGUUCAUUCGGUGGUCUAAUUCUGCUGAUAAGUAAUAUAACUAAUACUAAUCGUAAUAGAUUUCCUUUAGAAUAUUUAAGACAGGCUAAAUCCAUCUUUAAUAUUAAAAGGUGCAUAGUCUGUGAAAAGUGGAUAGACUCAUUUCAAGGUGCACUGUUUAACAUGGAUUUUUGUUUCAUUGGAAUAAAAAUGAUGUUUCAGUAUGA